CAUUAAUUGCUGACAAAGGGGCUGUUGUUUAGCUGUGGGUUGCUACUCUUCAUCUCAUUAAGCAGCAUUAGCUGUUAGCUGCUGGUAACUCUUUCAGUCAAAACAUGCAAACCAGUUUACGGUCAGGACAGAAGCUCUGACAAAUGGUUAAAUCUACCUUUCCAUACGGUGGUCGCAGGAUGGACGCGGAGCUGGGUGCUGACAGCGCCCGCAGAAAGAUGGAGGCGGCGGGCGAGGCGCUCGAGAUCGUGCCGCUGGAAAUGUAUGAUUCAGCCCGAGCCAAAAUAGCGGCGAAUCUGCGAUGGUUGUUUGCCAAAGCCUUCGGUAUCGAUCACAUCCCAGAAGACCUGCGAGAUCCUUUCUACACAGACCAGUAUGACCAGGAGCACAUUAAGCCCCCAGUGAUCCGGUUACUGCUGUCAUGUGAGCUGUACUGUCGCGUGUGUGCCCUCAUUCUCAAAGGCGACCAGGUGGCCUCUCUGCAGUCCCACCAGUCAGUCAUCCAGGCCUUGGCUCGCAAAGGCAUCUAUGUUGUGGAGGGCGAUGACACGCCUGUCACCGACUCAGAUCUGACCUGCCAGCCAAUCAAAAUGAGUUCCCACAUCCCCAUGAUUGAUGCUUUGAUGAUGGCCUACACUGUGGAGAUGAUCAGCAUUGAGAAGAUUGUGACCUGCGUGAAGCGUUUCUCCACGUUCAGUGCCUCCAAGGAGCUCCCCUUUGACCUUGAGGAUGCUAUGGUCUUCUGGAUCAACAAGGUGAACCUGAAAAUGAGGGAGAUCACAGAGAAGGAACACAAAUCAAAGCAGCAUCUGCUGGAAUCUCCAAGUCAUCAGAAGGUACGGUAUCGGCGGGAUCAUGCCUCAGGUAGACAGCUGCCCUUCUUCCCCCUGCUGGAGGACCUCACCAGGGACGUGUGUGACGGUGCUGCACUGCUGACCGUGGUCCAUUACUACUGCCCAGACCUGAUGAAGCUUGAUGAUAUCUGCUUGAAAGAGGUGACCUCAAUAGCAGACAGCCUUUAUAAUAUCCAGCUGCUGAAAGAGUUCACCAAGGAGUACCUUAACAAAAGCUUUUAUUUGACUCUAGAGGACAUGCUGUACGCACCUCCUGUGCUCAAGCACAAUGUCAUGGUAUUUAUAGCAGAGCUCUUCUGGUGGUUUGAGAUUGUCAAGCCUGAAUUUGUCCAGCCGAGAGAUGUUCAGGAAUUUAAAGAUGCAAGAGCAAUGACUCAGCCCAAGAGUGCCAGGCCAAUUGUACCCAUCUCCAAUGCCACCAAACGGAGCUUCCUAGUGUCUCCUGGUGUGGCUGAUCCAGCGCUUCCUGUCCAGGACAGCCCGGAAGUUUGUAACAGGUACUUCCUGCACCCUGAAGAAUCUGAGUCUCUUAAUAAGGGGAGUUCCAGCUUCAGCCCCUCCCACCCACUUCUGCCACUGAGACAAAGACAGAAGAAGGCACAGCCAGGAGAGGAAAGCACGGUCUGCCGAAAUCGUUCCAAUUCUUUUACACAAGAAGGUCACUCCAGAGGAUCAGUGGCUUGGUCAGAUAAACGGCAGAGGCCACUGUCUCAGCUGAAUCGGUAUGUUCUCCACUCUGCUACGGACAGUGAUGCAGACUUGGCCUCAGGCGACAGCGUUAGUCUGACUUGCUCCAUCAGUGAGGACAGUCUGGCCUCCACUGUCACGCCCAAGCACCAGAUCCAUCCAGGUCAAGGCAAUGUUAGGCGGGUCAAUGGCCACGUUCUGCUGGGCAACGUUAACAUGGAUGAGGAAGAUGAGACGGUAACUAUUGCCAGGGCAGAUUCAUCUACGAAUGACACCACCCUGUUAAACUCUGAGGAUGCAGAGCGACAGAGUGCUACCCCUGGUGCUAAAACAGGCAUUUGGGGAAGACAGGAGGAUAAAUCCUCAGAUUCCAAAACAGCCAGUUUCUUCCUGGAACCUCUGAUGCCUGCGGUUCUCAGACCAGCGAAAGAGAAGUCGAUAUGCCUAAAUAAGGAAGAAGAGUCGGGAGAGGGACGGCAGCGAGGGUCCGCACGGAGAGUAGCAGGAGCAGAAGGUGCUGUUUCAUCUUCCAGACGGAGACCUCCAUCCACCCUUAAUCGGACUUUUACCCCCAGCGCUAGCUCUGAGUUUGAGACAGUUAUUGAGCCUAAAUCCAGUGAAUUUGUACCUCCAGCCCCUGGGCAGACGCAAUCUUUCAGACCAUUGGCAACAAGUAGUGUUGAGCCAUCUUCUACUGAGCGGUCAACUGGGUUUUACCUUCAUUCAUUGGUGCCUGAGGACAAGAGGCCUGUCCAAGCAUGGGGCAUCCAUCCAGGGUCUGAUAUAGAGACUGUUGAGACCAUUGAGGAACAGGAUGCAGAACUCACCAAAGAGCUCCAUCCAAACAAGAAACCAUUCAGUGAAGAGGACGAAGAGUCAGCCAAGCUGCGGGAGGACAUGAAUGUAAAGGAACAUGAGGAUAAGAAUGGUGGGAGCAGGUGCUCUAGCCCUGGUCAGUCCCAGGUUAGCAGUGUAGCUAGCGGCAGUGUGCGCAUGACCAGUUUUGCAGAACGAAAGAUGCAGAGGUUUGGUAGCAAUCAAGAUAUCCGCUCCAGCACAAGCAGCUCGCAGCGAACCACACCAGAUGGCUCAGAGAGUUGCCCGCUUCCUCUAACCUCCUGGAGGAUGAAAAGAGACCAGAGCCCCACACCACAGAACAAGGACAGUGCCAACAUGCUGGCCUCUGAACUCGUUCAACUCCACAUGCAACUUGAAGAAAAGCGACGUGCAAUUGAAUCUCAAAAGAAGAAGAUGGAGGUCAUGACAGCAAGACAAAGGCUUAAGCUUGGAAAAGCAGCUUUUCUGCACAUAGUAAAGAAAGGGAAGAGUGACAUUCUCCCUCAGCCUACAAAGUCGGAGUACUACUUGAAAGAUGGCCAUAAACUCAGUCAAGAAAAAGAGAAGUUGUCAAAAGACGACACCUGUGCUGCUGCACUGAGAGAUGGGCCGAAAGAGGCUGAAGAGCCCGAGAAGGCAUCUCUCGAGUGGGCAGGUGGGGUUACUGUGUCUCCUAGUGCCUUAGAUGUGGAUGAGGAGAUAGAUCUUAAUGAAUGCAACCGCUCCAUUGAGUUGCUGAAUGAGGCCAUAGGAAGCAUUCAGCAGCAGAUGAUGCAGCUUUCGCUCCAGCAGGAAAUGCUUAUGAAGCAAAAUCUUCAGUCUCCAACAGGUGCUGCUCCACCACCUAGCAGUGACCAAAGUAAUGCAUCUGAACCUAGGGUCAGAGCUUCCAUACAUUUUGUUGAACCAAGUGGCAGCCCUGUGGUACGAAAGCCACCCAAACUAAGUUCAGCACGAUCUCGCUCCAAACCUUCAGAGCUGUUGCUAGUUAAGGAGCAUGGCAAAGGGCAGAAAAGCUCCACUCCUACACCUACUGACAGCCCCUCUGCCAAGUCCAUUCAAGGGGGCAGGACCCCCAAAGCAGAGCCUGAAGACUUUGUGCAAAGCUCCGCACAAUCAGACUCAUUCAACAAAGACAAAGGGAACUCAAAAAGCACUACAUUCCACCUUAAUGAUGAAGCUAACUUGAGGAUGGUCUCAAGGGAACCAAGUUCUGUGGCCCUUGGUGUCACUUUCGAAGAAUCUAUGUCCAGUACUUUGCAGGAUGCUGAGGCUACAUUUGAUGAUGGGCCAGCAAGGGAUAAUGUCUCCUCAGAGGAUAUUUCUAGAGGAAAAGUUAAUCUUAUUGAGGUAGACUUGUCUGAUUUGGCUGCCAACCCAGAUGAAGAAAGCACCAAUGUAUUGGAAGUCACCACUGAUGGAAGUGAUGGAGAAAAGAUGUCUGGCAUGGGCUUCUUUUUCAAGGAUGAGCAAAAAGAAGAGGAUGAAAUGGCCAAAAAGCGAGCAGCGUUUCUGCUAAAACAACAGAGGAAGGCAGAGGAGGCUCGGCUCCGCAAGCAACAGAUGGAGGCUGAAAGUGAGCUGAAAAGAGAUGAAGCCAGGAGGAAAGCUGAAGAGGAAAGACUCAGAAAAGAGGAUGAGAAGGCCAGGAGAGAGUUGAUAAAGCAGGAAUACCUUAGAAGAAAACAGCAAGAGAUGUGCGAGGAGCAAGAACAGCCCAAGCCCAAACCCAAGACCAAGCCCAAAAAACAAAGGCUGAAGUCUGUGCUGAAGGAAGAACCCCCAGUUGAAACGCUUCCCAAAUGUCCUGCUGCCAAUGAGAAUCUCAUCAGUGCCCAGUCUGGCUCUAGUCUAUCACUGGCCUCUGUGGCCACCACUGAACCAGACAGUGUCAACUCAGGAGGGGCGGGAUCUCAACGAGGGGAAUCGGUAGAGUCAUUUCCAGGCCUCAGUCGCAAUUCCAGUCGUACUACAGAGAGAGACUGGGACAACGGUUCCACCGCAUCUUCCAUUACAUCAACUUCCAUGGCGGAAUAUACUGGACCCAAGCUUUUCAGGGAGCCAAGUGCAAAGUCCAACAAGCCGAUAAUCCACAACGCCAUCUCUCAUUGCUGCUUAGCGGGGAAAGUAAAUGAACCGCAGAAGAACUCCAUUCUUGAGGAGCUGGAGAAGUGUGAAUCCAACCACUUGAUGAUUCUCUUCCGGGACAGUGGCUGCCAGUUCAGAGCCCUUUACUCCUAUUUCCCCGACACAGAGGACAUCCACAAGCUCACCGGCACAGGGCCCAAGAGCAUCACUAAGAAGAUGAUCGACAAACUCUACAAGUACAGCUCGGACCGUAAGCAGUUCACGGUAAUCCCUGCCAAGACUGUGUCUGUUAGUGUAGAUGCGCUGACUAUCCAUAACCACCUGUGGCAAGUCAAAAGACCCGGCGGGCCAAAAAAGAGCGGAAAGUGAAGUCUAAUGGCACUCGUAAGACAUGCACUUUUGCAUUGAGGCCUGCAGACACUUACCUGCUUCCAUCAGAGUUUGGAUGGAAGCGGCUCGCUGGACAAACAAACAGGCAUGAAUCAACAUGCACUUCAUUUGAAUGUGUUUUGGGUUGAAGUAGUCCUUUACCCACAAUCCUGUGGUCUUUUUACAAGAUUAAUUUUUUGUUACUUGAAUUAUUUAUUAGUUUGGCACUGAUUAGCUCGUUUAAAUGAAACACUACCCCAUGAUUGUUUUUGUUUGAUUUGUUUCCUCCUUUUUUGCGAGGGAUACGCAUUUUAUUCUUACUGUCUUCAAAACAUGUCUGCUGCCUCUGAGGACUGCCAGAACUCAAAUUAAUGUAAAAAAAAAAAAAUAGCUGACUUGCCUCUCAACAAAACUUUUUUUUUUUUCCUCCUCCAAAACAUGCUGCUCCUCUGUUGUCGCUGGGACAGUCCCAGGUCUGCAUACUUUUGGCCUUCAUGCAUUGUGGUACUCUGUCUGUUUAUUCAGCGCUUUAAAAAAGCAGCUCGGCUGUAGCCCGUUUUUUGGAGACUCUAUGGUCCUUUCGAUAGGGAGUCAAACAGACCUUGAUGUGUGUCAUAUGCAGUUCUCUUCUCUUCUGUUCUACUCUGUAGCGACCUCUCUACUGGACGCUCUGUACUAUGGUGCACUUAUGAUCAUGUUUUAGUGCUUUUAUUAUCAUGCAAUGUAACCAUGUUGAUGUUGGCACUGGAGCUUUUUCUCAUGCAGAAGAGCAGCAUGCUCUGUUAUGAAGAGUGUCGCUGUAAACGAUUUGAAUGACGGUAUUUAAUAUAUUCAUAAUCGGUUACUUCCCUUGCAGUCGCUGUCUAAUUAUUUACCACCGUUGAAAACAUUCCUCAGCAAAAGAAGGGUCAACACUGCCGACAUCCUUGUUUAAAUGUUCGAGAACACUCAUAAAAGCCUCGUGUUUGGUGUCAAGAUCAAUUGAGUGUUGCACAUGCACUUUAUUUUUUUGCUCAUGAAGGUGUACAGCAGGGGUAGAAUUUCAAAGGGCUUACUAAACCAUUUUUGCUCCUAAAACUAGUUGUCGAAAGGUGAAGGUACUCUGUUGUACACCGAGAAACAUCUCUCAAACACUAUUAACACCGAAAAGAGCACACUGACAGCCCCUUAAUGACUUUUAAACUACUGUUUCCAAAUAAUUGAUGUUAGACUUGUCUAUACGUCGCAGCAUUGUUUAAUUUUAAAUUGCAGUUUUGUAUAUUAUGUGUGUUUUUAUAUCUAUAACUGAAAGAUUGUAUUGAUGUUGAUCACCUGUUUUGUUU